AUGAGUGAAGGUUAUAUGAGUGCGCCUAUUUUUUUGUUGUGCAAGUAUAAUGGUUACACAUUUGCAAUUAAGAUUGAUCAAAAUGUUACAUAUGAUCAGUUGGUUGAGAAGCUAUGUUUGAAAUGGGAUAAUUUGCAAUCUGAUAAUAUUUGUCUAUCUUACUCAUUGCCUGGACAUCCUAAUUGUAUGUUGGACAACAAUGAGGAGUUAGAUUUGUUGUUGGCAUUAGUUGUGCAUUUUGAUUCAAAGUGUACUGAUGUUGUUAUGAGAGUAAAAGACUCAACCAUUGAUUGUGGUUAUCUCAACAAAAGAUUGGAUUAUGGAGAAAGAGAGUCAAUGUUGGAUCUUGAAGUUUGUGAUAUUGCAUUGUCUCAUGACAGCAAUAUGUUAUCAUCAUUUUGUCGACACAAGGAAAAAGUACUGUUGUCUGCUGGUUGGGUAGUUAGUAUUACACAUGUAGGACAUAAAUUUGAAGGUGGAAUUGUUGAAUUUCGUAAUGCAUUGUCGAAGUUUUCUAUUGAGUGUGGAUUUGAGUUCAUAUUUGUUAAGAAUGAUAAAGUUCGUGUCACUGUACAAUGUUUGUUUAGAGAGACAAAAGGUUGUAUGUGGAAUGUUCAUGGUAGAGUGGAGAAUGCUAAUAGGUUCUUUUAUAUAAGGAAAUUGAACAAUGUCCACACAUGUGGUGCUGAAGUACGUACGAUGAAUCAUUCUCGUAUGAGUUCUGAUUUAGUUGCUGAUUUGAUUGUUGAAGGUGUUCGUGAUAAUCCAUUGACACGUCCAGUUCAUGUUGUUCGGGAUUUUAAGUUGGGGUAUGGGUUGAGAUUAAGAUGGUAUGUGGAUGUUGCAAAAAGUUGCAAUCCAGGGAGUUACAUUGAGUUUGAGUGUGACGAUGAUACUAAACGGUUUAAGAGAUUAUUUGUUGCUUUUCAUGGUUCUAUUAGUGGAUUUGAUUAUUGUCGACCUCUCUUAUUCCUUGAUGGCACAUUUUUGAAGGGAAGAUUUAGAGGAAAUUUACUUGCUGCUACAGGAAAAGAUGGAAAUCAAGCUACAGAAGAAAUCUGUUUUCUCUGUUCUGAAAUUGAGAAAGGUUCUUUCCUGUUUGUUUUGCAGUUGUUGGCUCAGAGAAUCAAGAUAACUGACGUUGAUCGUAACCUUGGAUUAGUUGAAGUGUUGCCAAAGGUUUUCCCAAUGGCUUUCCAUGCUUAUUGUUGUUAUCAUUUGAAGAUGAACUUGAGGCAUCAUUUGCGUGGUAUGUUUCAUGGAUUGAAAGAAAAACUGAUCACUUUGUUUGGGAAAUGUGCAUAUGCUCCAACUGAAGAAACAUUUCAUCAAUGUUUGGUUGAGUUAAAGACUGAAGGUGGGUCAAGAGUUGAAAAGUUUUUAGAUGACAUACCAUAUGAUCAUUAG